UACAAGUGUGAUGUUAUUUCAUCACGAAUGAAUGAAUAAUUUGGUGGUUAUACAAAGAUACUUGAUUAUUUGAAAAUUAUUUUUUGGUAAAAGUAUAUAGUGAAACGCAUGCGCAAGAGGUCACAGAGCAUGAAGAAAGCAUAUUCAUAGCGUUACAUGUGGUUACAUGUAGUCGGUAUGACAGAUUUCCUAACCUCAACAGUCGUCAACUUUAAUGCUUAAUAUCUCGGUUCGGAGGACACAGCGACACUUUUUAUUACCAGAUUCGUUCGUUUCGUGCAAAAACGUAUCGAAUGAGUGUAUUUUUAUCAAAAUUUAAACUGAGCGGGGUAUUCUGUAUCUUUACCUAUUCUUACAAGAGCUGAGAUUGAUAUAAUAUAAUGGCGCAAAUAGGGAAUGUAACAGCAGAUCAACUAAUGGCUGGUACCAGUGUGUUGUCAAAACCUGCUGAAGAAUUCGAAAAUGAUCCAUCUCUGGAAGCAAUGUGGGCAAUGAAAGCCAUGGAACAUGCAGAGGUUUAUUUUAAUAUUUUAUGUUCGGUUGAUCCCAAGUUUUUGAAACUCACACCUCACGAUGAGCAAAUCUAUAAGACUUUCAAAGAUACAUUUCCUAAUAUGAAAGUGGAUACAGUGGAUGAAGAAGAGUUGAAAUCUCCAGAGGGAAAGAUAAAAUGGAGGUUCUUUUGUGAACAAUUUAAGGAUGUUGUGGAGGACUAUAGUUUUGGUACAUUAUUGAGAGCAGAUUGUACUGGAGAUUAUUCGGAACAGAACAGCAUACUAACAACUAGGAUACAAUUUUAUGCUAUAGAGCUUGCAAGGAAUAGAGAAGGCUUCAAUGAUGGUGUACGAGAAAAGUAUAAAUCAAAUAGAACUAUAAAAAAAUAGAUUUGAUAUUACAAUUAGUUACAUUAACACUACUGAAUUGUAAAUUCAGAUUUAUAUAUUAUUUUUCUAUUACUUUUUUAAAUG